CAUCGUCUGCGUCCGCGCGACGAGCGAAACCCGCGAUCGAGCCUGGGAGAACGCGCCUCGGAUUCGAGGUUGAGUAGCGACGCACCGCGCGCCUGCUCUAGGGAGAUCAAGCCGCGGAUAGGCACUUAGAGCUCCAGCGGAGCGCCAGAGGAUGAACGCCGCCCCCGCGUACGGCAUGGAGCAGGGCGACGGCAGCAAGGCCGCACAGCUGCAGGCGCAGUUCAACCGUAAGUUCCAGCACUACCUGGACAAGUCCGUGCCCCACAUCAAGGAACGAUGGGGCGCCUUUGCGGUGGUGGUGUUGAUCUACCUCCUCCGAUUCUCCUUCCUGCACGGCUACUACAUCGUCACGUACGGCCUGGGCAUAUACAACCUCAACCUGGUCAUCGGGUUCCUCUCGCCGCAGGUCGACCCCGCGACCGAGGGACCCACCCUUCCCACGAAGGGCAACGAGGAGUUCAAGCCCUUCGUCAGGAGGCUCCCGGAGUUCAAGUUCUGGUACCGAUCCAUCAGGAGCUUCGUCAUCGCGUUCUUCAUGACGUUCGUCCCAAUCUUCGACGUGCCCGUCUUCUGGCCCAUACUUCUCAUGUACUGGUUCAUGCUGUUCUUCAUGACGAUGAAGCAGCAGAUCAGGCACAUGAUCAAGCACCGGUACGUGCCGUUCUCGUUCGGGAAGAAGCAGUACGGCAAGGGGAAAGGCGGCGGCGCCGGAUCCAGCGCCGACGCGGCGAGCGCGGGCCUCAAGGAUGACAAGUGACGAUGAAUGAUUUAUUCGUCGGGUCGGGUCGGGUCGGGUCGACGUGUAAGACGCGGGGGACGGCGCGGUGGUGGCGCGCGUCGGAGACGACGACGUCGUAUGAGAUCUUUCGUAGUGGGCGAUGGCGGAGACGAGGGUGAGGGAUGAGGCUGGAUCCCUGGUGGUCUCGACAUAGAUUCAAACUGUCUCAGCAACAAAGGCGAGGUGAACAUC